UCCCCACCCUCCCACCCCCGCCCCCUCAUUUCGAGUGAUCCGCGGCGCCGUCAACAAAGACGACAGCUCAUGGCGACGGCGGAGGAGGGCGGCAAUGGACUGGAGUUCCUAUCAGAUCCGGUGGACAGGUUCCCCUUGCCGGAUCUUGCAUCCAGCGAUUUGACGCCCACCGGUGAGCCAGAUACUGGUCUCACCCAAUCAGCUGCUGAAUCGAGUAUGGGAUAUGUUGGCGACUUGCCGCUUACAAUCCAAUUGCCCAUGAACAACGGCUGCGAAGAACUGAGCUUGUCGGCGGCCGAUUCACAGCAAUCAACAGGAAAGGAUGACCCUCAAGCCCCCGGGUGGACAAAAAGGGAAAAGAAGGCAACCGUUAACAGUUAGAAAUAAUUCAUUCUUACUGAUGCAAGGUUUGUAUUGGGCGAGCCCCUAUCGAGCAUGCACCUUGUGCUGGAAGAGUAUGUGCCCUUCAAAAAACCUUAAGAGGAUACGCAGAGAAGAAAACUGAUACCGUAUGAAGCAGGACAAUACAGAGUAGAAGUUGAAAAAGGUUCAAAAUAUUAUGUACACCGGUACCACCCAGAGAGACAUGACAAGUGGUGCAGAGUAGUGUACAUAGUGCACGUUCUUGCUGAGGGUGAAGAACUCUCAUGGGAAUGUGGUAACUUCGAGCUCACAGGAUUGCUAUGCUGCCAUUCAGUUAAGGUACAUUAGCUGUCAGCCUCACUUGAGAAACCUAUAUAUGCUGAACAAAUAAAAAUUGUAUUGCAGGUUCUUGAUUUCUUGGGUAUAGAGAAAAUUCCAUGAAAGCAUAUCCUCAAAAGGUGGACAAAAGAUGCAAGAGAUAUCCUUCCAGCUCACUUGGCACACCUGCAAGAUUUCAGCUAACUUCAUAACGUUCAGACAUUCAAAUCUGUAUACACAUGCUUUAGAGGUUGUAAAGCUUGGUGAUGCAAAUCCAAUUGCAUAUAAUUGCGCAAUGGAACUUCUUAGGGCAGCAAUGGAUAAACUGACCCCUUUAGCUUCUGAGCAUGAUGGUCUGGGUUUGGAACACAGAACUGAAUUCAAGAGGGCAAAAGUUACAGAAUUAAGUCUCUUGCAAGGACCAGAAAAUGGAUGCAUGAGCGACGAUGAAGGUAGCGCCGUCGGAAAUUACAUUGGAUUAUCAGCUCCAGAACGCAAACGCAAAGCCGGUCGACCAACGAACGCAGAGACAAGCCUCCAUAUGAUGACCGGUCUGCAAAGAGCAAAAAAGUUAAGGUUGCAUCACAACUUGAUACAGUUAUCGGAUGCAGUACAAGCAAGCCAACACGAUUCUGCACUAUAUGUUGUGGCCCUGGUCAUAAGAGCACGACGUGUCCACAAAGAGGGGACACCCCUCAAAAGAAAAGGAAAGAAGCGAAAUGCUCAAUCUGCGGAGUGGGAGGGCAUCGAAAGAACACCUGUAGCAAUCCUAAGAUUGUGGUACAUGUUGCCGAGCAACCAGCUCAUUAUCCUGCUAUCGAAGCAUCUUUCCCCUGCAUCCUGACUGCUCACUGCCAGCCUCCUUAUAUACAUUAUGUAUUGUCAGAUUAGUAAUAUGUAUUUGUCUGAACCUUGAGCUGUCUGGAUGUGUUGUUUAAAACUAAUUUCAUGCUGCUAUAACAAAUAUCUCAUAUUAA